UGACUACUGCGCAAGCGCAAAGUUGUUACUUCCGGUCAAUUAAAUUUACCCUCAGCUAAAUUUUGUAUGCUAUAAAACGUCGUUUAUUUCACCAAAAAUGUCUGAUUCUGACGAUUACGAUGAAAGUAGUGACGAAGAUUACGUGCCUAAAGCUGAAGAUGUGAGUGAAGAGGAAGAAUCUGGUGAAGAUGAAGACUUGGACCCAGCAGCUGGGGACGAAGGUGCUGCAAGCAACGGUGCUGAUGGGUUAACCAAAAAGGGAAAGAGGAAGAAAAACGGAGAAACUAUCAAAAGGCAAAGAAAGGGUGGCAUAAAACUAGAAGGUGAAGCUGAAGAGGAUACCGAAGAUGAUGAGGAAGAGAGAAAAGAGAAAGAAGAGAAAGAUAAAAUCAUAAACGAGGAAGUUGCGAAGGAAAUGGAAUUAAUGAAGGAGAAGGAAGAGACAAAGAAAAUUGAUGAUCUCUGGUCAAGCUUUCUCGGUGACGUGAAACAAAAACCUAAAUCUGCCAUGGCGUCAAAGAGUUCAGCUUGUCCAAGUACCAGUAAACCUGGUUGUUCAGGAUCUCUUGCAAGUUUAUCAAAGCCAGUCUCAUUAAGUCUAUCAUCAUCGUCUACAAAAUCCACGUCAUCACCUCCAAGUGAAAAGAAGCCAGAAAAGGUCACAAUAACAAAAAUAUUUGAUUUUGCCGGAGAAGAAGUGAGAGUCACCAAGGAGGUUGCUGCCGAUUCUAAAGAAGCCAAAGAAGCAACGAAAGAGCAGACGUCGGGGGAUGAGAAAGAGUCACCAGCAACGUCUUCACCUGGAGCCGGAAUUUCAGGAGUUAAAAGACCUGCUGGAGGUCUGGGAAGUGUGUUGGGCAAGAUUGGCAAGAAAACAAAAAUAAGUGUCCUGAACAGUUCCGGGGACAAAGAGACAUUUGGGGAGUUUGACGAUAUCAAGACAAGUACUGCUUGGGACCAGACGGGAAGUUUACGAUCGGGAAAUCAAAUUGACGGUGAUACAGAUUCGAACGAAUCUCUUAAAAAGGUUUCGGAUGCAUCGCUGAUUGUUGCUGAACAAAGUUAUCUUCGUAUUGAUUCAAAUGACAUCAGUAGGACUGAAGCAGAUUCUGGGACACACUUGUUUUGUAAAGCAGACUUCAAACCUGACCAGACGACUCGAUCGACAGUGUCUCCACCAAUGAAACAGCUGGGACGUUUUUCGUGCCGGAGUAACUGUGAGGGUAUGUGUGUGUGCUUCAUGCCUAGGAAGAGUGGCCUUCCUCCACCUCAGCAGGAUGAUCCAUUGGAUAAAUUCUUGAAAGAUCGUGAAAAUCAUUGGGACAGUGAUGAAGAACCGAGUCUACAGAUUCGAAGCCUUGUUAAUUUAACUUGAAUCUUUUAAUAUGUUAUUGAAAAUUGUUGCUGAGUAAAGAUUUUCUACAUAUUAUCCGUAGCCUGCCUGCCUGGUGAUAAGUAACAUAACUUAUUUCAGCAUGUUGUUAAGACUGAUGUUUAUGUAUGAGAGAUUUACCCCUUGAGUAACUUAUUACCCUGGCUCUUUAAAAAGUGUGCUAUUGCACCACAUUUGCAAGAUGUGAAUGAAUGUAUAUUUUAGCUGAAUCAUAUACAAUGAGAGAGUAUUAUUUAAAAUGAGCAUUUAUGUAAAUCAUGUAAAGACUUUUGAUUAUUGAGCAUUUAUAGAUAAUAAAAUUGUAGUUGUUCAAAAUA